AUGCAGCUGCAGUGGGGAGGCCGAGCUUUUUCACGAUCGCGAUUCGGUGCCUGCGUAGGCACCGGCGGCAUGCAAAGACUGGAAUACUCACCAGGAGAAUUUAUCUACACCACCAAAUCCAAGUCCAAAUCGGCUCAGGCCGCAUCAUCAGAUCUCGCUUUGACACAACCUGUCGAUCCCUUCUCGUCCCUCUCGCCCGAUCAGAGAGCAUUGCUACACCAUUUUAUUAAUGAUGCGUCCCAGAUUACCGCGUGUCAUUCUGGUAUGCAGCAGGAUAUCUGCCGCAUGCUUGUGCCCAUGGCUCUACAGACCCCAUCUUUACUCUACGCCACCACUGCCCUUUCAGCGAUACAUCUCCAAGCCCUACAUAAUCAGUCUGAGAGCGUGAAAACAGCACCCGAUAUAGCCCGGUAUAUGGCCCUCAGCCUGGAACAUUUUCGGAAAGAAUUGCAAAACCCUGCAGCCAAAGGGUCGGAGGCGCUGGUGGCGACAGCACGAACACUCUGCCUAGCAGAGAUCCACUCGGGCGCAAUAAACCCGAAUUCUUGGAGGGCACAUAUUGAAGGCGCGAGGGCCUUAAUGAAGACCACAGAUCGAAGCGGAGGAGAGAACUCUCUUGCCUCUGCAAACGGGUUCCGCCGGUAUCUAGAUCGCUGGUACUGGUCGAUCGUAUCACUCACAGCAUUAACUGGCAAUGGCCCACCAAUCGGUGAUAAUUCGGAUUUCGCGCCAUUCGACAUGACCAGUCAACAAGAGUCCCCAGACUAUCUGGAUGACUACUGGGGCUUCACGGUCGAUUUGGCAGCAGUAUUUCGCCAGAUUGGCGCAGCAGCCUGGCGCAGUCUUGAAGCCGAGAAGGGAGCGCAAGGCUUCGUUGAGGGAGAGAUUGAUAGCAAUGCUGAAGACGAGGCUGCAUUGCUAGAGAUGUCAGUACGACAGUUGAUGGACCGAGGCGCUAGUUCACAGCCCUCGCUUUAUCCUGAUGUAGCGGAGGGCUUGACAGCGGAGAGUAUACAACAACUUGCGCUUUGUAACGAGGCAUUCCAGCAUAGUGCUCUUAUCCAAAUUCAUAGACGACUUCGCAAGACGCCGACUACUUCGGCUUAUGUGCAGCAGUCCGUUCAGCGGAUUUUGGAGUGCACGGCUCAGAUUGGUCCAUCUUCUGGAUUAAGUCCAUGGGUUAUGCUCACGACCCCGAUAUUUAUUGCGGGCUGUGAAGCACGAGGCGAAGAUCGAGAUACAGUGCGGCGGCUACUCACAUCUUUGCAUGAUACCGUGCGCAUCCCGAAUGUGCUGCAGUCUUUGAAGUUCCUCGAGCAGUAUUGGGCGAAUCAGCUCAGCGAGGAUGAGGACUGGAGUCAUUUUCUUGAUCGUAUGAAAUUUGAUUUCAUUCCUUAUUAG